UAGAGUUGGCAGCGCUUUCCCCAAAAGCGCAGGCAUUGACCGUCGCGUUCUUGAGCGUCGGAAGGGAAAGUCCCGCAUAUCUCGAUAACCUGGAUAUUUAGUGACAUAUGGUAUCUGCCGCCCGUGCGUCGAGGGAAUUCGUAUCUCUUUUUAUGUAUGCUAGUCCAGAGCGUUUGUUGUGUUUUCGUGGUUCGUGUCCCCAAUCUGUCUGUAACUCUGAUUUACUCUCCCGUUCUUUCUUAGGAACCCGCAAAGUCUUGGCCUGACACGGCAUUUCGUGACCUUUACAAGUGCCUUGCAGUCGAACCGGAACGUGUUCAUUCGCUGUUUCUGCCGAAUUGCGUCUUCCUUAUAAUUGGAAUCUUUUGACAAAAUCUGCGUCUUCUUGUUUGUCUCACAACCCCGUCGGCUCCGUCGGCUCGUUACCUUCACCCGUUCGCCACGCUCUGCCUGGGACGGUGUCAGCUCUGUGACUCGAUCCACAGUAGUGAAAUUGGUUUCGGUGGGUUCUGUUUGCUGUUCGUAACUGUUGUAAGGGCUGUGCAGCUGUGUAGAGAUGAGAGAGCUUAAUUUUUUUCGGAAGGCUAGAUCUUGCGCCACAUCUUGAUCCCCCUGGAAUGAUUUAGCUGUAGUUUCCUAAGCGCAGAUUCGUAUCCUCUCCAUUCUCGUUGCCAGAUUACUAUCUCCGAAACACAACGUUUAGACACUUGUCGAUCAACAGUCUUGGACCCAAAGUCGGGUGUUAAACCCCAGACGUCUGCAAAGUGCCGAUGUCCAGAUCUGCACUAUAGGAAUGUUGUCUUCUCUGGCGUCGAACGCAACUAUGAUCGACUAAUUGAUCUGCCGAUGAAGCAUUAACAGUAAGUACUGAGCAGGACAAGGAAUUGUGGAGAUCUUACUCCACCCUAUCCAGCGAUUUAAGCUUGCUGAGUGAGCUAUUGACGAGCUAGGAGAGCAGAAUAUUAAACUACUAUCUAGUGUUGGGACCAAUUGCGAUCAGCUGGACUGUUCUUGCUUAACGACUCCUUCAGAACCAGGACCCAUGCGGUGGCAAUGUGACUGACACCCUACUUGCUGAUUGAGGGAACGUAAACACGGACAAAACUAUGGCAAAGCUCCAUGAUGUGCGUCAGAUUGUAAUACCGCGUUCUGAGGGUCUACCGGACAAGUUCAGAUUGGCUGGUACUGAACAAGGGGAAUUGUCCAAGAACCCCUCAGAAGCUCCUAAAACGGACAGCGGAAGUGAACUCACUCCCAGGUCUAGGAUGUCCUGGGCAUACGAGGUGGAGGAAGAACAUGAAGCUACCGGUUGGACUGGGAAGCCUCGAGCAAAGGUCGAAGGCCAGAAUGGUGCCAAAACCGAGGAUGGCGCGGUGAAGAAAUCCAAGAAGAAGAAGAAGAAGAAAAGCAAAGCAGGCACAACUGCGGUGGAAGUGUCUGCAACGCCUGCUGAUAGUUAUGAGGAAGACCAGAUCGGUUCUACGAAUAUCGAAGUGCAGACCGAUGGUGAAGGUACGAAAGAAACUUCGCAUCCGGCGACAGGCAAAGUCAUGUCCGAGAGUGAUAGCUGUGCAGGCCCCGUCCAUCUCCAGCUUGACACUUCAAAUUCCCCUGCCAAGGCCACCAGAGCGAAUGGACACGGAAUGGAUACGGACUGGAUGCCAUCUCGGCCCGGCAAUGCCGAUAAAACAAGUAAAGUUGCAGAGAGUGGUAGCCAUCUCCAUGGGCGGAGCAAACCCGGCAACCUUUCUGCGACUUCAAUACGGGUAACACGGAAUCAGGAGGAGCCUAAAUAUGAGAGUUCGCCGAGGGGAAAAUUAACAUCUGCUUCUUCGUGGGAGCCAGAUGGGGCUAAGGACAAUAAAAAUGGACACGGAGACAGUGAGUUUGGAGACGCAGGUUGGGAAGUGGCUCGUUCGAACAAAAGCCGUCGAGGCUCUGAAACGUUUGCUAAAGUACCUGAAGCACCGCUUUUUAUUUCCAAUGUCUACGUUCCACCGCCGUCUUCGAACGGCAACUGGGAUGACGAUUUGGCCACAGCUGAUGUUCCGUCUUCGAACGGCAAUUGGGAUGAGGAUUUGCCGACAACUGAUGUCCCCGCGUCCAACUGGGAUUCAGGCUGGGAGGUCGCAGGCCCUCGGCGAAACAAGAGAGCAGAUGAUUCACAAAACAAGUCAUUCCUGGCACCAAAUUUCGGUCAGAGGGGUAAAGGACGCGGGCAGCAACAAGGUCCUAAAAGCAACGAGCCAAUUCAUAGAGGAGGUAAUAAGCAACGUCCAGGCGACUGGGAAAAGGUGAGUCGAGGUCGAUCCGCUGGGAACAAUGCACCAAUUAAAGGUGGACGUCCGAGUCCCAGAAACAUGGCCAGGGGCGAAGGAGGUAGCGUCGUUGCUUCUCCACGUCAACCACAGACGCAAUCUGCUUGGGGAAAGCCAUUCAAUAAGUUAACCCACUCUUCUUCCAAUUUGAGUACUGCCUCGCUCACGAGCGCACAGGUUUCAGGUGCGGCCAGCAACGUGAAGAGUGGUGUAGUUAUAGGGAAACUUCUACCUGCUGAACGUGGUUUGCCUGAACCAAAUGCUGGAAACCCAGAGUUUAACACUGCACAAGCUCCUAUCGACGCUUGGAAAGGAGGUUUCCCUGCUUUCUCUGGUAAUGGAUCUUCUGUUUUUGAUGACUAUCCCGGGAGUCUUUACUCCGAUAGCCAGUGUUCCGAUGACGAUUUUGACAGCGAUACCAUGAGUCUUGCGUCUUUCGAUUCUGCAGAAAGCCACAAGAGUCACGCUACACAGAGAAGAAACAAGUGGUUUCGAAACUUCUUUCAAGAUCUUGACGAGUUGACAGAGGAUGAGUUGCAAGAGCACGACCGGCAGUGGCAUUGUCCAGCUUGUCAAGGUGGCGUGGGCGCUAUUGAUUGGUAUAGAGGUUUGCAGCCACUUCUCGCACAUGCCAAAACUGUUCGCUCGAAGAGGGUGAAGUUGCACAAGGCAUUUGCCGAGGUCUUGGAGGAAGAGGUUAGGAUCAGAGGAGCAGCUCCAGGUACCCAUGGGAGUGGGAAGUAUGGAAAAUGGCGAGGGUUAGGUGACGACAAUGACAAUAAAGAUACGCUGAUUGUGUGGCCCCCAAUGGUGGUCAUUCGCAACACCCAGCUUGAGCAAGAUGAGGUUGAUAAGUGGAUUGGAAUGGGCAACAAAGAGCUGUUGGAUCUGUUCAAGAAGCACAAUCCCGUCAAGGCUCGACAUGCCUAUGGUCCGCAAGGUCAUCGGGGUAUUAGUAUACUUAUAUUCCCAGAGUCGCCAACCGGGUAUUAUGAUUCUCAACGUCUCGACAAGCACUUCAGAGAUGCUCUUCGUGGCAGAGAUCAUUGGUACUCUCAAGGAAAGGUUUUAUUUCAGCCAGGAGGAGAUCGCAUUUUGUACGGAUAUAUGGCUACUGCAGAGGACCUAGAUGUCUUCAACAAGCACAGCAAAGGCAAGCAAAAUUUGAAAUGGGAGAAGAAAAGUCUUCAAGAAAUGGUGUUAAUCCCGAUGCGAAGAAUUGAUGAAGAGAACAAUAAGGUGGUCUAUCUUCAAGGACAGGUGCAACGGGAGAUGGAGGUUGGUAAGACUUUGAAGAAGACGAUGUCUGUUUUGAUGAAGAAGUUGCGCAUGCGAGAGGAUGAGCUCAAAGUUAUCAGAGAAAGAGCCAGGGAUCAGUAUAAGCAACAGGAGAUGGAGAUGGGGGAUAUGGAGACGCUCUACAAGUCAAAAGUUGAACAGUUAAAACAGGAAAUUAUGGAAAAAGAAGCGGGCUUGCAGAAAGUUUAUGAAGAUUUUGAGCAAAAACAUCUAGACCAGUGUGAACAACUGGAGCAGCGGGCAUCGAAGAUUCCUAAAGACAAGGUCCUCAACGAUGAGAUGCAGCAGCAGCAAACUCAGCCUACAAUUUCCCUUCGAUGUUAUACAAUCUCUCGUAAAGGGCUCUUCAGGACAAAUGUACGGAGCUGAGACUGAGCUGCAUGAUAAGAUGCAACUGAAAGAAACAUGGUGCAGAAUCAGACAAGAGAAGCGUUGGCAUAAGUGACAUAUGGUGCACCUGUCAAAUAUACUGGGCAGAUAUAUUUGCGACCCUCCGGUGGGUGGAGGAGGAAAUAGCACGGCAUUCGCAAUUAGUGGAGCUAUGCAUUGAGAGACAGGAAGAGUGGGAAGCCAAGAAAGUUGAGUUGUUGAAAAUACAUCACCAGAAAUUGAUGGAUUUCAAAUCACGGCAGUGGCAGGAAUUACUCGCCUUCGAAGAGAACCUCGAGAAGGAGAGGAUUACAGUCAUGGAUAGCCUCAAACUUCCUGCAGCGGACGAGUUAGUCUCCUAAAAUGUGAGGAUGAUGCGAAGUAUGCGAGAUGGAGAUAAUCAGAUGCGAGAGUUUUCUAACGUCAUAAAAGGUCUGUACCGAGUUUAUUUGAACUUGCUAUCCUUUGCGCUACUCGACAGAGGCAUGCCUCAGGCCCUUAAUGUGGGAAUGGGACAAUCAUCGCGAGUGCGUGAAAGUUCCAGAUUGAUUACAGACUAGCUCAAUCAUUGGCUGGAGGUCGAUCUGGAGAAAACAGCUGAUUUUUAGAGGAACUUUCUGUACACAAUAAGGCUCACACUGAAAUUUCGAAGUACAGAAAACUAAGUACGAAGGUCUGAAGCAGAAACGUGUUUGGAGAUCGUAGAUUGAGAGUGACUGUCGAGUUUCAGGACUCCCAGUAAGGCUUAUGGUUCUGGCCCACUAAGGUCAAGCGACCAAUCAAAGGUCGAUUACUUUUCCUAAGUCUUUGACAUUAUCAACCAGUCGGAUGGUAGUUGCGUUGUGAAAUUCAAUUGAAAACACCACGUAAGUGUUUGUGGUGUACAUAAAAAUGUCUUGGGGGUUCCUUUAGCUCAUAAAGCUCUGUUCAAUUCAGGACAGAGUAAAGAACACCUGACAGUCGAGGGAACUGUGCCUUGCACCUAAACCUCAAAAGAUCUAAUAAAUCUAGCUUGAAGGCUAUUGAUGUUUAACGAAGCAGUGACUUUAGAAUCGUGGACAAUUUCACAUUCAUAGAGUUCUGAACGACGUAAUGACGCAUGUUGUGAUCGACCGGAGUAUGUUGACGCAUGGAUUUGAUUUAUUC